AUGUCCAUGGAUGACUGUUCCCACUUGAAAAACACUCCCGGUCGAUAUAUGCAGGUGUUCAACAUCGAUCCGAUACCCACUGCUUGCCCGUUCAAAGACGCUCACGUGAAUCCAUCGAUUAAGGACUAUUACAGGCAUUAUAACAUCCGUGACUUUGAGUAUAGUCGCGUAGAAGAGCGGAAGGAUACGAAGUGGACUGCGGUCAAAGAUUCGGAGCUCAUGCGAACUUGGAUAGUCAAGCGAACAUUGGUGACUUACGAGCGAUUGCCGGGCAUUUUACGAUCUACUCAGAUAAUCUCCACUUCACCACCAAUCUACGUAAAUCCGCUGCGACGUUCAGUCGAUCAGAUGCAACGGAAGAACACAGAACUGAUGGAAACGGCUCUAUUAGUGCUACUUAAUCGUGUACAUGCUGUAAAAAAGCUCUCUGGGGAGAUUCUUGGCGUAGUUCGUCCUGCUGUAAUGGGCGGUAUCAGUAAUUAUGAGGUGUUCUUCUCUGAUGAGUGCUCUAGAAUCUACGACUCUGAGGAGAAGCAGCUUGCCAUGCAUUUAAGUGCUUUAAUAAUUGAACAGGUGGAAAUUUUGGAAUUCUGUCUGUAUGCUCAUGCAUCUCGCUCGGAAAUCACCAAACAGUUCCAUGACCACCUUGUUGAAGGAUUUUAUGAGCAUAAGCAAUACGUCGAGGACAAAUUUGGCCGAACG